UGGACAUAGUAUUUUGCUUGGUCCGAGAUGUGGAGGACGUUGGGGAUGCUAUGGUCUUAACGGUGUUUCUGACAUGAUCUUAAGGAUGUGACCUUGGACAAAUUAAGAAUCUUGUGACUUGAUGAAAUUUAGACAAAAUGGGAAAUUGUGUGUCCGGCCAUUGUUGUCAAGCAGCAGCCGAUGGAGUUAGAGGACGAAUUAAUUAUUCGUAGUACAAGUAUAUUGCUAUUUCUACGUAAUGGUGUCACUGUCACAAAGUGAAGUGUUGCUCACCUUGAUUCGAUAUGCACAGAUAGACUUUUUGAAACAUGAAGUUUGAUGAGAUAUUGAAAGAGGUGGGUGAGUUUGGCCCCUAUCAACGUCGAGUGUAUUUCCUGGUGUGUCUGGCAUGUAUAACUUCCGCCUUUCAAACCAUGCUUCCGGUGUUUAUUCUGGAUAUGCCCGACUACAGAUGCAAGCUUCUUUCUAUGCCAAACGACACCUACAAGAUACAAAACCCAUAUCACGCCUCUCUGGUGAACCGGUCUGUUCCCAUAGAAACCGAUGACCAAUCAGAGAGUUACGCUUCAUGCCGCUUGUAUGACGUCACGAACAGUUCUACAUCGUCGCACGGAGGCAACCAAUCACAGACAACGUGUCAUGGAUGGGUGUACGAUCAGUCGACUUUCACAUCCACCGUAAUAACUCAGUUUGACAUGGUGUGUGAUCACGCUUCUUUCCGCUCCCACCUCAACAUGGUUGGUUUCGGGGGAAUGUUGGCAGGGGCUGUCGUGUUCGGCAUCAUCACAGACAUUGUUGGACGCAAGCGGACCCUCCUUGCCAGCGGUGUCAUCCAGGUGGUGUUCGGCAUCAGUCUAGCGUUCUCGCCAAACUUCAUCCUGUUCGCAGUGUUCCGAUUCUUCACGGGUGUAGCGGCCAUGGCCACAUUCAUGAUAGCCUUUGUUAUAGGACUUGAACUCGUCGGUCCUUCUAAACGAACCGUUGCGGGAGUGGCCAUUGAGUUCUUCUGGUGCUUUGGUCUGUUCGUGCUGACGCUAGUGGCCUACUUCAUCAGGAACUGGAAGUAUCUUCAGCUCGUCAUGACCACGCCUUCUCUGCUUUUCAUAGCAUAUUGGUGGCUAAUCCCGGAAUCUCCAAGAUGGCUGCUGUCACGUGGUCGAGUGGAUGAAGCGGAAAUAAUUCUAAACAAGUUAGCUCGCGUCAAUGGCCGUUCCCUGCCGAAGGACACCAUGAAGCGCGUUAUGCUCGAGGAAGGCCCCGAGAUGAAAAUAUGGCAUAUGUUCACCACGCCCGUCCUCAUCGUCAGGGGAAUAAUCAUAUUUUAUCAAUGGUUUGCCAUCAACAUCAUUUACUACGGCCUCAGUCUGAACGUCAGCAACCUCAGCGGAGACGUCUUCCUGAACUUUACCAUCUCCUCCGCCGUGGAGACAGCAGCCUAUGUCAUGUGCAUUAUUCUCAUGGAGAAGACGGGGAGGAAGAAGCUAUACUGUGCAAGCAUGCUUCUUGGUGGAGUGGCCUGCAUUGCCACACUGUUCCCAGUCAUCUAUGGCCAGAAGUCCCACCAGUGGAUCACGGUGACGUUGGCUAUGGUGGGCAAGUUCGGGGCCUCGGCGGCUUUUGCGGUGGUGUAUGUUUUCUCCGCUGAGAUCUUCCCGACGGUGGUGCGUCAGUCUGGCAUAGGGAUGUGUUCCAUAUUUGAAGGCAUUGGCGGUAUGGUGGCUCCAUAUGUAUCGGAUCUGGGCGUUAUCGUUGGAGGAAAGUUAGCUGAAGCCCUGCCACUCAUUGUGUUCGGAUCUAUCACUGUUUCUGCGGGGCUGUUGUCGUUACUACUUCCGGAAACAAAAGACAAGAAGCUACCAGAAACCAUUGAAGAUGCUAUAGUAUUCGGAAGGAAAGAAAAGUCAGACACCUAUGCCUACGAUCCAAUAGUAUCUAAAACUACACGGGAAAUCGUGGUCGAUUCCAGUCUAUAGUAUUUACUACCUCUACGUCUACUGCGACGUCAUCGCUGACGCCAGCUACACUUACAGAUAUGCCAUGGAUGGGACGAGUGCAUAUCAGGAACAACACAGUAUUUUCAUGUCUUAGACAGAUAAUUUUCAAUCAUUUAUCACAGAUCUUCCUUCAUACAACAUCCAUGUACAUUUAGUCAUACUAGCAGCUGAUUAUGCAGAGAUAGAUGUCUAAAUAACAACAUGUGUACACAGGCCACCGAUAUAUAUAUAUAUAUAUCAAUAGAGUACAUUUGUAAUAACUCAUAUACCAUAAUAUUUUAUAUGACAUUAAAUGUAAUUAUCAAAU